AGGUGUAUUAUCAAAACGCAGGAAUUUAAACACCAACCACCAACCGACUGUUCUUGACAACUGAUUGUUUCAUUUCUAUGGGUUGUUUUCGAAAAUAUUUUUCUGUGAAACAGUUGCACAAUGGAAAACCUGUAUUUGUUUUUAAUGGAGGACAGAAUAAAAACCUUCAAGAAUUGGCCGUUUAGUGAUAAGGAGAAGUGCAACGUCAAAAACAUGGCGGAAGCUGGGUUUUAUUCGGUUGCUACAGGUGAUGAGGACGCUGAUGCUGCAAAAUGUUUUUUGUGUGGAAAAGAGCUUGAUGGGUGGGAAGCGAACGAUGAUCCGUGGGCUGAACAUAAGAGCCAUGCUUCUCAGUGUGCUUUCGUGCAGUUGGGGAAGAAAGAGAACGAUUUAUUACUGUCAGAGUUCCUGUCAGUCGUGCAACAGUACAUGAUAAAUGAAGCAUCGAAACGCCAGCCAGAGGCUGCAAAACAGCAGAUUGAUGAAAAAUUCAAGGCCAUUCGGAGAAGAAUCAUGGGCCUGAAAUGAAUUUAGUUUGUAGAAAUACCGUGUUAAAUUAAUGUUUGUAUGAUUAUUAUGCUUAGGUUUACAAUUUCAUUGUGUAUGUAGCUUGCUUCCAUGUAUAAAUGAAUUUCCACCUAAUUGAUAGUGGUAACCACCAUCUAGAGUCAUCUGCAAUACUGAAGAAUUGUCCUUAAUAUGCAAAUAAGUUGCCGGUUGUUCGAAAUAAGGGCAGUCCUUUAAUCUGAACACGGCAAGCAUUAUAGUGUAUGUCAUUGAUACGAUGAGAAGUAUGGGUAAAGUUUCGCAUAUAGAAAGAACCCCAUAAAGAAGAGAUGGUACACUUGACUUGAUAAUUGUGCAAUCUAGCUCCUAACAAUAACAGGCAUGGUCCUUGUAACAUCUCAUCAAUCAAUCACAUGAAAUUAAAUAUGUAUCGCCUUGAAUACUACAAUUUGUAAUAAAUUAG